AUGAGGUUGACACUUCGGUUGCUGGCCAAUGUCAAGCCCCGGUACCUGGAGCCCUUUGCUCCGACCGGAUUGACUGGCCUGACCACUCACCCCAGUCCUCGCCCGACUUUGAUUUACCUCUAUUCAAACACGCUGCAGAAGCUGACGGCCUUCCCCGAAACCUCCGCUUACCGUCAAUCUGCUGAGGCAUUGACCCGCCACCGCCUGCAAAUUGUCGAGUCGAAGAAACCCCCGGGCUUUGAUGCUUGGUUAGAGCGUGUAAGGAAGACCGUGGGCGCCGAGCCCGAGCGGUUUGCCCGACUCCAGCGCUCCGAUGGCACCUUCACCCAUGCCGCUGCUGAGCAAGCGGAUGGAAGUGACAAUGUCCGUGGGGAGGAAUGGGACGGUGAAGGGCUGUCGGCCUCCACCGAGGGUCCCGCCCGCACCCCGCAGGAAGAAGCCCAGUGGCAUAAAAUCAUGGAAGAGUCGAGCGAGACUACCGAAAAGGCCGAGGCCGACUUUUACAAUGAAACUAUGAAGUGGGAGAACGAGCCGGCUCUGGAAGCCCAACAGAUCUCUGAGAUCGAGCACGAGAUCGGUGCUGGCCUCAUUGAGGAGGUCAUCCAGGUUGCAGAGGCAGAGAUGAAGCUCGUGGAUGAUAUGUACCAGUCGAAAGUAUGGGAGGAGCUCGAGGAGAAGCCCAGCCCUGGUCAAUGGUCCUACUUUGAGCGCGGCAACUAA